AGUCAGUUCGGUGGAAACAGCGACGGUGGGGAAAAUGCGCGUAUUUUUUCUCUAUCCGGAUUCUAGAAUAUUCGCAUGAAAAUGUGUCGCCAAUUGGAUGGAAACCUAAUUAAUUAUAUUAAUUAUUAUGGACAAAAUGUAUCAAACUGCAGUCAAGCGUCGAUCAUCAUGUCACCGGAAUAAGACCCUCGAUAUUUAUUGGAAAGGAGCAUCAAACUCAUCACCUUUUCACUUUCACCAUCCUGUGAAGUCCAUCAUCAUCAUCGUUUAUUUAAUCUGUAGCCUCAUUAAACUGCAUGUUAUCCUGAGUCGUAGUACGUCACAGCGUGACUCCAUCUUGAGUUCCAUAUGAUGCAAGCCAAUGAAAACCAAGCCAGGAGAGAUAGGAGCUGCUUUGAGAGCCUGACCUUAUGGGACCUGAAGAGCCACAACCACAAUCCUUCUCUGUGGGUAGUUAAAGACAGAGAAGAAGAUGUGGAAUACCAGGAGAGAAGCGAGAGUGAGGAAGGAGAUGAAGAGGAAGAGUAUGUAUGUGUGAUAAUAGAAGGGUCAGAGGUUGAGGAAGAUGAGGAGGAAGAGGAAGAGGAGGAGGAAUACGAGGUGACAUGUGUAGGGGAGUAUGAGGAGGAAGAGGAGUGUUUGUUAGAGGUUGUGGUGAAAGAGGAGGAAGAGGAGUGUUUGUUAGAGGUUGUGGUGAAAGAGGAGGGAGUAGAGGAGGACGAAGAAGAAAGAGUGGAGAGGUAUGAGAAGGAGAAGAAAGAGAAGGAAGAGGAAGAAGAGAAGGGAGAAGAAGAAGAAGAAGAGGAGGAGGAGACAGCCAACACAUAUCCCAGUGUACCUAUGUGUUCCCUGUUGAAUCACCACUUCAGUCACCUGGCCACUAAAUUCCCUGAGUGCAAGUUCCUGAUGAUCCUCGCCGGGCAGUGUGUCCCCAACUACCCUGUCAGCCACCUCCCCACCCUGUUCAUCUACGACUCAGGAUGUAUCAUCAAUUCACUGAUAGGAGAGAAGGCCUGUGGAGGGAGGAACGUAUUGGAAGAUGAGCUGAAGUGGAUGCUGGCCCAGUCGGGAGCGUUUGUGAUUGACAGCUACGAGGCCUUAUACCAGGAGGGCACGCCCAUCACGACGCCGCGUUCGGAACAGGACCAGGAAGACUACAGCGAUGACCAGUCUGAUCACUAUGACAACCAAGGCACCGAGGUGUAGUCAUGGUUACAGGGACAAAGAGACAGCAGUGUAGAACUCUAUGACAUCAUGAAACAUUGGUGUAAACUCUGAUAUAAUAUCCCAUUCAUAAAUGUUGGCUACUGUUGACUCAUUACUCAUUACAAAUCUGAUCCAGAUCAGAUUUAAUACAGGUGUAGGUAGCUACUCAUAUUAACUUGUUACAUGAUGUGAUCCAGAUCAGAUUUAAUACAGGUGUAGGUAGCCACUCAUAUCAACUCAUUACAUGAUGUGAUCCAGAUCAGAUUUAAUACAGGUGUAGGUAGCUACUCAUAUUAACUCAUUACAUGAUUUGAUCCAGAUCAGAUUUAAUACAGGUGUAGGUAGCUACUCAUAUUAACUUGUUACAUGAUGUGAUCCAGAUCAGAUUUAAUACAGGUGUAGGUAGCCACACAUAUCAACUCAUUACAUGUGAUCUAGAUCAGAUUUAAUACAGGUGUAGGGUUAAAUGUGGAAGACACAUUUCAGUUGAAUACAUUCAGUUGGACAACAGACUAGGUACCCCCCCCCUUUCCCUUUCCUAACUCAUAUUGAGCUCACUUGUUGUUUUAUAAUAUGCUGUAAUAAAGUUUGUUAUAUCUUA